CCGUGGGCCCUUCCUCAGGCUUCUGGAAGGCGGUCCUAUCUCACCCCACCCCCACCCCCAGUGGCAGAUCCGCAGGGUCCGAGGCGGCCCCCUGGCUGCUUUCCCGCUGGAGGGUGGGCCGGGCCCUCGGCGUCCGCAGCAGGCCGGGCCCGGAAUGGAGGCGGCGUGGGGAGGCCCGGCCGAGCGGGGGAGCAGCGGUGUUCUAGAACCAGUGUCAGUUCUCGGGGGAGGGGGUGCGCAGGCAUCCUUCCCUCGCCUGCUCUGCUUUCGCCCGGAAACUAGUCGCGUCCCCCGCAGGGCCGAGCAAGGCAGCGGGCACCGCAGCGCUCUCCUUAGUUGUGUUUGUUGGCCUAAAAUUCCAAGAAGAAAGUCAGAGGAGCAACGGCUAACAGAUUCGCUCUUUGUUCUUUCCUCUUUCACACCCAAAUGUUGUCACUGCCGCCUGUGAACGAAAGGGCUGCGUCUCCAGGGGCCGUGGCCUCAGUGCCCCAGACAAAGCCGGGCUGGCGGUGAUGGGGGGUUGGGGGAGUUGGUUAGGGGUAGUGGCCGGGGACCGCAGAGCCACCCUCUGGGAGGUCGGGGGUGAGGCCAGGCUCUGAGGCCUUCGGCAGCCAUGGAGCACCCAGGGCCUGGGGCUGGCAGGGCUGGAGGACAACGCAGGAACUGGGAGACCAGCCAGUUCCAGCCGCUCCACAGGGCCACCUGGGCCAUUCCCUGCCUCCAGGAAGGAUCUGCCGGAGCCUGGAAGGAGAAAGGAUUAUCCCAGCGCUUCAGGACCCGGGUAGCACCUCCCUGCUGGGGACUGUCCAUGUGGCCUUCUUGCUGGCAAUUCCACAGGGUGAAGUAACCAUGCAGGCUUUUCUAAAAGGCACAUCUGUCAGUACUAAACCACCACUGAAGGAUCGAGUAGCUGCCACAGCUGGAAGCAGUGGAGAGAACAAGAAAGCCAAACCUGUUCCGUGGGUGGAAAAAUAUCGCCCAAAAUGUGUGGAUGAAGUCGCUUUCCAGGAAGAAGUGGUUGCAGUACUGAAAAAGUCUUUAGAAGGAGCUGAUCUCCCUAAUCUCUUGUUUUAUGGGCCACCUGGAACUGGAAAAACAUCCACUAUUCUGGCAGCAGCUAGAGAGCUUUUUGGGCCUGAGUUGUUUCGAUUGAGAGUUCUUGAAUUAAAUGCAUCUGAUGAACGUGGAAUACAGGUUGUUAGAGAAAAAGUGAAGAAUUUUGCUCAAUUAACUGUGUCAGGAAGUCGUUCAGAUGGGAAGCCAUGUCCACCUUUUAAGAUUGUGAUUCUGGAUGAAGCAGAUUCUAUGACCUCGGCUGCUCAGGCAGCUUUACGACGUACUAUGGAGAAGGAGUCUAAAACCACCCGAUUCUGUCUCAUCUGUAACUAUGUCAGUCGAAUAAUUGAACCUCUGACCUCUAGAUGUUCUAAAUUCCGCUUCAAACCACUGUCAGAUAAAAUUCAACAGCAGCGAUUACUAGACAUUGCUGAUAAAGAACAUGUCAAAAUUAGCAAUGAGGGAAUAGCUUAUCUUGUUAAAGUGUCAGAAGGAGACUUAAGAAAAGCUAUUACAUUUCUUCAAAGUGCUACUCGAUUAACAGGUGGAAAGGAGAUCACAGAGAACGUGAUCACAGACAUUGCUGGGGUAAUACCAGCUGAGACCAUCGAUGGAUUAUUUGCUGCAUGUCAGAGUGGCUCUUUUGACAAACUAGAAGGUGUGGUAAAAAAUUUAAUAGAUGAGGGCCAUGCGGCCACUCAGCUUGUAAAUCAACUUCAUGAUGUGGUUGUAGAAAACGAGAACCUUUCCGACAAACAGAAAUCCAUCAUGACAGAAAAACUUGCUGAAGUAGACAAGUGCUUAGCAGAUGGUGCUGAUGAACAUCUACAACUGAUCAGCCUCUGUGCUACUGUGAUGCAGCAGUUAACUCAGAAUUGCUGAAAUGUUCGUAAGAUGUUUAAAACUUACACAAAUAAAAUAACCAAAACACCUUUAAAGUGAAUAUACAAUUUAUUUAACAUUCAAACUUCAUUAAGACAUGUGCAAUAUGGCAAUUUUAAUUACUGGGGGGUUUAACCCUACCUAGGAUAUGAUUGCUUGCUGGGGCUUAGCAACAGGGUCCAGUUCACACUUAGCACUAAUUAAAUACUUUAUUGAAUAAAUACAAUACCAAACAAAAUGCAUUCAAAUGCUUUCUAAAAAAAAAAAAAAAAAAAAAAAAAUCAAUUUUAAAGGCCUUUCUAUUCAGGCUAAU